AGCUCUGACAAAUGUACCUUACCAAUAUGGCGGCGUUUUCCACGUCAGAAACACUGGCAGAGAAGAAGAGAAAGAAGACGUUUCAGGAAGUGAGUGAAACAACAUGGCAUCCGGACAACAGUGGGUCUUGGUGGAGAUGGUUCAAGCCUUUUAUGAGGCUCCUGCAUACCAUCUGAUUCUGGAGGGAAUUCUAAUACUGUGGAUCAUUCGGCUUCUGUUCUCUAAGACCUACAAACUUCCUGAGACCUACAAACUAACAGAGAAGGAAAAGGAGGACCUGAUUGAGGAAUGGCAGCCAGAGCCUCUGGUUCCUCCAGUCUCCAAAGAGCACCCUGCCAUCACCUAUGAUGUUGUCACAGGACCUCCCAGCCAUAAAAUCAUCAUCAAUGGAAAGGAGUGUGUGAACUUUGCUUCUUUCAACUUCCUGGGUCUGCUGGACAACGAGCGCGUUAAGGAGAAAGCUCUGGCCUCGCUAAAAAAGUAUGGUGUUGGUACCUGUGGUCCACGGGGAUUCUACGGGACCUUUGAUGUUCACCUGGAGCUGGAGAGCCGUCUGGCUGCAUUCAUGAAGACAGAAGAGGCCAUCAUCUACUCAUAUGGCUUUGCCACCAUAGCCAGUGCAAUCCCUGCCUACUCCAAGAGGGGCGACAUCAUCUUUGUAGAUGAAGCAGCCUGUUUCUCCAUCCAGAAAGGUCUCCAGGCAUCUCGUAGCUUCAUCAAGUACUUCAAACACAAUGAUAUGGAGGAUCUGGAGCGGCUGCUAAAGGAGCAGGAGCUGGAGGACCAGAAGAAUCCUCGUAAAGCUCGUGUGACGAGGAAGUUUAUAGUGGUUGAGGGACUCUACAUGAACACCUCAGACGUGUGUCCAUUACCUGACCUGGUGAAGCUCAAGUAUAAGUAUAAAGUGCGGAUCUUUCUGGAGGAGAGCUUGUCGUUUGGUGUGCUGGGAGAACAUGGUAAAGGAGUCACAGAGCACUUUGGGGUCAAUAUGGAUGACAUUGACCUGAUCAGUGCCAACAUGGAGAAUGCUGUGGCCUCUAUUGGAGGCUUCUGCUGCGGACGCUCCUUUGUCAUCGACCAUCAGCGUCUGUCGGGACAGGGAUACUGCUUCUCUGCCUCUUUGCCACCGAUGCUGGCUGCUGCAGCCAUUGAGGCUCUGAACAUCAUGGAGGAGGAUCCAGAUAUUUUCACUGUCUUGAGAAAAAAGUGUGAGCAUGUUUACAGUGCUCUACAAGGAAUCCCCAGUCUGAAGGUAGUGGGAGUGUCGUUUGCUCCAGCUCUUCAUCUACAGUUGGAGAGAGGUUCUGGCUCCAGAGUCACUGACCUGCAACGGCUCCGCUCUGUUGUUGACUAUUGUUUAGACAGAAAUGUUGCUUUGACAGUCGCCAGGUAUCUAGAAAAAGAGGAGCGCUUCCUCCCCCCUCCCAGUAUCCGAGUGGUGGUGACCAUCAAACAGACGGAUGAAGACAUCCAGAAGGCUGUGUCUUGUAUCAGAGAGGCAGCAUCCAUCUUCCUUUAAUGAUGUGUGAUGUUUGCCCCCGAUGAAGAGGAGCAGCUGUUUACAGUGAAGGUUAAUGUGAGGAAACACAGAUGUUCUCCUCCACCACUAAAGAUGUUUUUAUAUCAGCACUCCAGAAUAGUUUUAUAUUUUACUUAUUUAAAUGUAAAACUAAUGAACUCGUCCUGUUUGUGUUUGUUUUCUUUCUUGUCGAGGAACAAUAGAGACAGAAUGUUUCAGAGGGCCCUCCUCAGACCAAAGCGAGUUCUGACCAAAGAUCUGUCUUUGUGCUUGUUAAAUGUCUGCAGAGUGCACGGGCUGUGUACUCUGGCAUUUUGUUGUUGUUUUUGUUUUUUGUUGUGUCAUUGAGAUUUAGCACAAACCACAAAUCUAACUCUGAACCCACUCAUUCUGAUUUUCUGUUGAUUCCAAUGAUCUUCUGUUGGAGGUCAGUACAUUUCUGACUUUCAAUAAAAGUUUCUGAUUCCGAA